AUGGCGGGACAAAGGCAGUUCAAACGAGGUGAGCCUUGUGUCCUCACGGCUCGUAGCAAAAGAAAAUUUCAGUAUAUAUCCAUUCAGCACUUUAAAAACUCCAAGCACGAAAUGGAGCUAGGUGUGAAGAGUGUUUGGCAAAGAAUUGCAGAAUUAGCAAAUGGAGACACAGAGGGAAGUAUCACAGUCUGCGUGGACACUUACUUGUCUGCAUUGUGCAAUGUAGUGCGCAAGAUAUUGAGCUACGAGAUGAUUUCACGUAAGAAAGUACUAUCCUCUGGUAAAUCAACCGUGAUUUAUUUAAAAGACACAGCUAAUUUUACUGUCAGUGUCACCACACAAGUCAUCACACAAGUCACCACACAAGUCAUCACACAAGUCACCACACAACUCAUCACACAAGUCACCACCCAAGUCACCACACAAGUCAUCACACAAGUCACCGCACAAUUCACCACACAAGUCAUCACACAAGUCACCACACAAGUCACCACACAAGUCACCACACAAUUCCUCACACAAGUCACCACACAAGUCAUCACACAAGUCACCACACAACUCAUCACACAAGUCACCACCCAAGUCACCACACAAGUCAUCACACAAGUCACCGCACAAUUCACCACACAAGUCAUCACACAAGUCACCACACAACUCAUCACACAAGUCACCACCCAAGUCACCACACAAGUCACCACACAAGUCAUCACACAAGUCACCACACAAGUCAUCACACAAGUCAUCACACAAGUCACCGCACAAUUCACCACACAAGUCACCACACAAGUCAUCACACAAGUCACCACACAAUUCACCACACAAGUCAUCACACAAGUCACCACACAACUCAUCACACAAGUCACCACCCAAGUCACCACACAAGUCAUCACACAAUCAUCACACAAGUCACCACACAAUUCACCACACAAGUCAUCACACAAGUCACCACACAACUCAUCACACAAGUCACCACCCAAGUCACCACACAAGUCAUCACACAAGUCACCACACAAGUCACCACACAACUCAUCACACAAGUCACCACCCAAGUCACCACACAAGUCACCACACAAGUCAUCACACAAGUCACCACACAAGUCAUCACACAACUCAUCACACAAGUCACCACCCAAGUCACCACACAAGUCAUCACACAAGUCACCGCACAAUUCACCACACAAGUCAUCACACAAGUCACCACACAAGUCACCACACAAGUCAUCACACAAGUCACCACACAAGUCACCACACAAGUCAUCACACAAUUCACCACACAAGUCACCACACAAGUCACCACACAAGUCAUCACACAAGUCACCGUCACCGCACAAUUCACCACACAAGUCAUCACACAAUUCACCACACAAGUCAUCACACAAGUCACCACACAAGUCAUCACACAAGUCACCGCACAAUUCACCACACAAGUCAUCACACAAGUCACCACACAAGUCACCACACAAGUCACCACACAAGUCAUCACACAAGUCACCACACAAGUCACCACACAAGUCAUCACACAAUUCAUCCCCGUCGGAAAUCACCACACGAGUCAUCACACAAGUCACCACACAAGUCAUCACACAAGUCACCGCACAAUUCACCACACAAGUCAUCACACAAGUCACCACCCAAGUCACCACACAAGUCACCACACAAGUCAUCACACAAGUCACCACACAAGUCAUCACACAACUCAUCACACAAGUCACCACCCAAGUCACCACACAAGUCAUCACACAAGUCACCGCACAAUUCACCACACAAGUCAUCACACAAGUCACCACACAAGUCACCACACAAGUCAUCACACAAGUCACCACACAAGUCACCACACAAGUCAUCACACAAUUCACCACACAAGUCACCACACAAGUCACCACACAAGUCAUCACACAAGUCACCGCACAAUUCACCACACAAGUCAUCACACAAUUCACCACACAAGUCAUCACACAAGUCACCACACAAGUCAUCACACAAGUCACCGCACAAUUCACCACACAAGUCAUCACACAAGUCACCACACAAGUCACCACACAAGUCACCACACAAGUCAUCACACAAGUCACCACACAAGUCACCACACAAGUCAUCACACAAUUCAUCCCCGUCGGAAAUCACCACACGAGUCCUGGCACUGUCUCACUAUACAAUGCCAGGUCGCCGAGUGUGUCUUGCAGGGCAACAGGCCCGGCUAUUGGAUCUCGUGUUAAGUCAUUUACAUUUUAA